GGAUUAUUUAUCAUGUAGUUUUUUGCUGAAGAAGAGUCUUUAUUAGGAUCACUUGUAUCUACUUUUCAACCUAAGUAAAUAUUACUAUUAUAUAUAGAUAAACUGAUGCAUCUAAAAAUUGGGUUACAUUCGCUAUUAUAUUCAUAGUAGGAUUAAUCCUCAUUAUUAUUUCUAUUCCAUUUGCUUCUUUUCUUAUACUUAAUCCUAAACCAUUUUGUUUGUUAUUCUCAGCUGGCUCAUUUGUUAUUUUGAUAUCCAUGCUUCAAAUUAUUCAAUUAAAAACACUUUUCAAUAAACUAUCUUCAUCUGCUGCUACAUUACUCUAUUUAGGAUCAUUAAUGGCUUGUCUCUAUACAGGAAUGUUUUAUAUUGGAUACUUUUAUACUCUAGCAUUAUUAUCUAUUCAAGUAACAUCUUCUAUUUAAUUAAGAUUUCAACAUUGAUAUAUUUAACAGUAUCCCUUUUCCCAGGUGGUAAAUCAGGUAUGCAUGCUGCAUUUUAAUUAUUCAAAUAACAAAUCAAAAGAAUGAUUCUAAAUGAAAAAUCCUUUUUACCAUUGUGAAUUCUACAUAUAUAUAUUAUAUUUUCAUGUAAUC